UGCCACUAUAGAAACUAUUGUGACUUCUGUUUCUGAUGAGUUUCCCAAGUACCUACGCAAACACAAGCCUGUGUUCACUUUGGUUUGCUGUUUGGCCUUUUUGUGCUGGGCUUUCCCAUGAUCACUGAGAGUGGGAUGUACAUGCUUCAGCUGGUGGACACUUAUGCAGCCUCUUAUUCUCUGGUCAUCAUUGCAAUAUUUGAACUGAUUGGAGUCUCGUACAUUUAUGGUCUAAAACGGUUUUGUGAGGACAUUGAGAUGAUGAUUGGCUUCCAGCCAAACAGGUUUUGGAGAAUCUGCUGCUUUGUUACACCCACCAUUCUUACAUUUAUUUUGGCAAUUAGUCUGUACCAGUGGAAGGUGAUGACAUAUGAGAAUUACACUUAUCCGACUUGGUCCAUGGUACUCGGCUGGCUUAUGGUCAUCUGCUCUGUCAUUUGGAUUCCUAUUAUGUUUGUUAUCAAGAUGUACCUUGCACCUGGAACAUUCAUUGAGCGCUUGAAGUUAGUAUGCUCUCCUCAACCUGACUGCCCAUUCUUGAUGAAACAUCGCGAGCGCUAUAAGAACAUGAUUGACCCAUUGGGUACAAACUCCCUUGGCCUUAAACUCCCCCCCAGAUUCCAACUAUCAGCCCAAUAUCAGUAGUCUUUCCUGCGAGUGCAACAUCUUCCACAGCCUCCGAGGGUGAGAUUUGCGCAUACGUGUUUCCUCAUUCAACACCCCUCUUUACAGUAAUGUUUUCUUUCAGCCAUAUUCCCCCUCUUCUGGCACUUUGGAGGAUUUCGUCAGCUGGAAAGCACAGACAGCUCCCCAUGAUUGUGGUGUUGUGUGUUUUCAUGAAGAAUUUGUAUUCAGUGUGACAGGAGAGGUAUUUUGCACUUUCUGAUACUGUACACCAAUCCCAGCUGUACCUUUUUUCUCAGAGGCAAUAUGUGAUGAUGCUGUUGCAGUAUUUAAAUGAAUACUCAUCACACAGUGGUCAUUAAUGACUGCUGAUAUACAGUAUAAAAACAAUUGAAUGGGAGACUAAACUUCAUAUUUAUUCUCAAAUUUGCUUGUCAUCUCUAAAUGUUGCAGCAUAAAUGAGAUAAACUGCUGUGUAGUCCUCAAUGAACUCUAACUUUACUGGUAUCAUACUCUGGCUUUCUGUCUGUGUCUACUUAUACAGUACCUUGUGCCUCAGACUUCCUCUGUUUAUAAAAUAUUGCAUAGUACAGUGCUAAUGAAACCAAGCGUGCUUCAUUUUAGAUGGAAGUGAGCACAUUUCAGUCUUUGCGAAUUAUAAGCUAUUCUACUCUUUCUAACAAUUUGCUAAUCUUGCAGAACUAUCUCUACAAUGUUAUAAAAGCCAAACUCAUAGUGUAUGUUCCAGUAGUAUACUAUAGUUUCAUGUCAUUUUUCAGUAAAGUCAUGAAAAAUAAGCCAUGCAAAACUGUAACAAUACUCUUCUGUGUUGUUCAGAGUGGUACUCAACAGCCAACUAGCAGACUACACUAAUAUUUAGAGUAUGCUUUCAAGUGUGUUGUAAUCUCUUUGUAAAGACUCUGUGAAUCAUUCUUUCCUCCUUAUGCAGUACACAAACUUAUGUGGAGUACAAAAAAGGAAAAAGACAUGCGAAAGUGUGAUAUGCCUGGCCAACAAGUAAGGUUAAAGAAAUGUCGGUUUCAUGUAAUUUGGUGUAUUUUUAGAAAAUGACUAAAACAUGUGCUAAUGUAGUUGUCCCUUUAGAAUACUUUAACAAUUGCUUGCAGAGGACGCAUAGAUUAGAAAAGCAAACUUUGUUCAAUGUGUGAUAGAUGUUUGGGGACCAUGCUCCUUUAACAUUUCCAUUGCUGUUUGUCUUCAUGAAACAGGGUCUCAGGAAUUACUCAGUUUCAUCCACCUUAUUAGAUGUUGGAUUAGAGUCUCUAGAAGCAAUAUAUAUAUAUAUUUGUGAUGAAAUGUAGUGCAAAUCAUGCCUUGAAUAUUGUACCAUGCUGUAUGUUGACAUCCCAUAUCUAGAUAGCUUGCAAGACAAAUGUGAUUCUAAACAGAAUUUUUGUUGCGCUGGUCAGUCAAAGCUAACGAAAUAUAAGUACAAAGCAUUUAAAAGCGACUAGCUUAAGCCUCAUACAUAACAAGUGGUUGCUUUCAAACAAAAUAACACUUAAGCCCUGAAAGAAAGGCAAAUAGUUUGUAUGUAAAUGAUUAGUAAAACGUAUAUGAUAUGAUCUGUCACUACAAGCAAAGCUCAAGAUCAACACUGCCCAGGCAAUGCCAGUAAUUCAGUAGUAUUGAUACUGAGAAUAAGUACUUUGCCAGGGCUUACUGAAUGAUGUGUUUAAAAAGCCAUGUAAUUUUGCAGUUACAAUAUACUACACGAAUCACAUUAAAAUAGAGAAUUUAUAAACACUAGCACAGAAAAAAUUGUCUUUAAUAUAUUAGUGCCACAAAAGAGAUGCGUCUGUUAAUUGUUUAGUCUUAAUCUUUCUGUGUACUAUAUGUGUGUGAAUGUGUGAAUUAAUGUGCAGUGCUAACUGCUUAGAUUUAUGCCUACUGUAUCCAACCAUAUGAUCAAAUAGUGAAAAAGUUUGGGAAAACAAGCAAUCUGUUAUCCCAAUCUUUGUGAAAUUGGUUCCUGCGGAUGGCAGUUUUAAAGUAUUUAAAAUAGGUGUUCAUAAACCAAGCUUUAAAAGAAAAUCAGGCUUAUUAUGCAAGCCAUAAUAGGCAUUACUACUUUUAAAAAAAUCUCCCAGUGUGAUAGAGGUUAUGUAGCACAAAAGUAUACAAAGCACAACCUAAUGUUGUGAGUUAUAGACAGUGUCUGGCUGCUGUGAUCAUUGUUGCAAGUUCUGGCUAGUGUUUCCCUUGGCUUAUGCAUUGCUAUGUGUCGAUUCGAGAGAUAUUAUCCCUUCAUUUAAACACUCUGGAAAAAUGGUAACAGUCUUGCAUGUGCUGUUUGUGUUGCUGUGGAUUAUUUGUCCAUGUAAAUUUACUUCCUUUUACUUCUUUACCCGAGUCUGUCCCACACUUAGCAGCUGCACCUGAGUUUACCACCUUUCUCUACCUACAGGCGACACUGGGCAGUAGGUAACCAAAGAAGGAGAACUUUUCGAAGGGUUCAAAAAAUCUUUAAAAAUAACAUAUUAAAACGAAAAAGAAACAUUUACAUAUACAAAUAGCCUAUUUAUAAAUAUAUUAAUAUAUAUUAUAUUAAUUCAAUAAGGAAAUGAAAAAUAUUAUUCUGUGUAUGUAGAAGACUGAGAUACUGCCACUCAUUAUUCAUUUAGUGAUCAUUUUUUAUGUGUGCCAAUAUGUUAUAUGACAUCUUCAGGUAACCUUUGGCCUUAUAGAUGUCCUCUGGUAAUAAACUAAUGUAUGUAUUUUAGAAUAAUGAUACAGAGUAGCUUCCAAUCAGUCAUUAUGUGGUUAGCCUAUAUUGCAAUGUAUGUUGUGUCAUUUGGCACUUUACUGUGGACCUAUCGGAGCAUAGGUAAAAUUUCUUAUUACUUGGGUAAUGUCAUAUAUCUGUGUGUUUUACAUGAGGUAAAUCUGCCUAUGGAUACAGAUAUGUACCUCCAAAAUAUCAUGGCAUCUUAUGGUUUGAAUAAUAGAGUAUGAUUGAAUAAUGAAAAAUAUCUAGAUUUUAAAUCUUGUGCCAAUUAAAAAAAUACAACAAAAUAUAUAAAAAGAGAAAAUAAACAUAUAUGGAAAUGCAUAUUUUAUUUUCAAUGUCAUUUAUCCUUGAGGCCCUACCUCAGAUUUUGUAUUUAUGUAUAGAAAUGUAAUUUGAAUCAUAGUGUCUUUGCCAAUAUUAUAAUAAAACAAUGUUUAUCAUAAAAUGUAUAACACCUUAAUCAAUAAAUAAAUGUUAAUGUUUUCAA